AUGUCAACACCAAUCGUCAACACCGAAGGUACUCGCUCCAGCUCGUCCUCUAGUGACUCUUUUGGUUCUGUUAUCGAUUCAACAGCUAGAAAUAUGAGAGUGCAUAGAGCAGACGCUAUUGCGCUUUCUGCUUCACAGGUUAUGAGCCGCUCUAGGAUCGAAAAACUCAACCCUUUUGAGUUUAAGGAUGAAGCACUCUUCCCGGAGUGGUACUACUGCUUCAAGCAGAACUUCCUGCUGGCCGUUCCCAGUGGAAGUGAAUUCUGCGAGUACUCCUUUGAGGACUAUCGGCUUAGCUUCUAUGGUUCGGGGGAGGCAAUUGAUACGGCUGUCACCGCGGUCCAGCACCAAUUCAACAACUGCUUGAAAAUUCUUCUUGACAAAAAGCCAUUUGUGAAAAGAAACCAGUUCUUGAACCGUGACUACGUGGAGAAUGCACUUAUUCCAAAAAUCGAUUGGACCAGUGAGAUGAAUCUCCUGAAAAUCGAUCGUCGUCAAUACGAUUUGAGGAAGAUGGCAUUCCACGGUGACUAUCAACCUUUAAUGGACCAUCUCUUGGCUUACUCAGUCAGUCCUCAGGACAUUUGGCGUACCUUCCGCCAACUCUUUACCCUCAGUUCAAUUAAAAUGAACCACAAGCAACUCAAGCAGUUUUGUGAAUCCAUUACUGAAGCAAAGGAGUCUCUGGAUGAUAUCGAACAACAAAUAACAAAUUGGUACAACGAAAUGGAAGACUCAAAGCCAUCUUGGCGUCCCAUGAAGGACAAUGCUUUGCAGAAUGAUUCCAAGUAUGAUAUGACUAGGACCAUGGGAAACAACCAUCAUGCCAAGGCAAGUGGCAGGUAUGGUAAACACGGCAACUCUAGGAAGAAGCCUUUCAACUCUAACUCGGAGGUGUACACCAGUGCUCGCUCUAAGCAUCUGAACAAUGAACGGUUUGUUGCGGAUAAAACUAUACUUCAUAUGUCAAAGAAUGAAGAUGUUUCUAUUUAUUCCACCUGUAUCUUUAUACUCGACACUGGCUCCGAGGUUCACACCGUCAAUGACAAAUCUUUAUUGACCAAUGUGAGACCAAUCUCCCAAACAAUCAACAUUGGUAAUCCAAGACCUGUUGAUACGAUUGGUACCUUGAAAAUUCAAUUUAAGGAUGGCCAUCAGCAGAUCCUUCCUGAUGUGUACUACAUUCCUUACUUGCCAAAUAUACUCUCUUUUCAUGGAUUAGGAGACAUUGGUCUUCCUGUUCUGAUCAAUGAGAACAGAGAAGUAAUUAACACUCACACCCAGCAAGUUGUGAGCGGUAACACAGAUAGAACUAUUAAGAUUCCUGUCACCAUAUUACCUAUUGACCAAGAGUUUCCAAACGAAGGAAUCUCAGACACUCUGAACUUUCAGUCAGACCCUGAAACUCAAAAUAUAUUUGAGAUUUCAACACCACCAUCUACGGAUCCCUUAACUGGUGAUUUCGUCGGACUCUGA